UAUUGAACUGGUCACGCUUUUACGGCAAAUAAAAGCUGCCACAAAAGAUUUUAAAAUUAUUGAUUACUGAAUCAAAAUUUUAAAAAUGGCAGGAAACGACACUUUAGAAAAGUUUUCUAAAGAAAUAAUUAUAAUUAAAUCGCUGUAUUUGGUUAUUUGUAUUAUACUUGGACUUAUUGGCAAUUUGGUUGUCCUAAUAACUAUAUUAAAAUAUAGAAAAUUACAAACUAUAACAAACUAUUUUGUUUUAAACCUUUCAAUUACAGAUCUUCUGUUUAUUAUAUGCUGUAUGCCUACAAUUAUUAUUACCACAAUUGGAGAAAAGUGGUUGCUUGGUAACGCAGUUUGUAACAUCAUAGGUUUUUUAAACGUGCUUCUUUGCACAAACUCAAUAUGGAAUCUUGUUAUGAUUAGUAUCAAUAGAUAUUUAAAUGUAGCUAAACCUAAAAAGAUUAAAGAAAUCUACACUCGAAAAAAAACAAUUUUAAUGAUCAUAAGUGUAUGGAUAGUUUCAGGACUAGUUUCCGUUCCGCCCCUACUAAAUUGGAGCAGCUACAAACCUGGACCUAAUUUCUGUACAGUUGACAGAAAAGGUGCAAAAUCAUUUUAUCUUUUAAUUCUUUUAAUAAUGUAUAUUUUACCUUUGUUAAUUUUAGUCAGUUUAUACUCAUGCAUAUUUUUCAUAUUAAAAAAAAAAGAAAAAAAAAUAUUACUGAAGUGCAAUAUAAACUAUAUUGAACAUUCCGACUGUAAAGGAAAUGCUUCAAUAUAUAAAAAUGGUUUAUUAUCUUACCAAGCAGGGAACAAACAAAUUAGCAAUAAGAAAAUAAUGAUUAACUACUUUAUAAGUAAGAAUAAUGAUACGUAUAAAGUUAGUGUCAAAAAAGCUCAAAAUCAUAACAAGAAACUUCAGAAGUGCGUAAAACUUUAUAAACAAUAUCAAAUUACAAAAAGACUAAUGGUUUUAGUCCUCAGCUUCUUCUUAUUUUGGACUCCAUUUUUCAUUGGCUCAUUUUUGAUUACUUAUGGCGUAAAAAACAAAAAAAACUUUCAUUUUACAACAUUUGGAGUAAUGUGCGGUUGUUUAAGUUCAAUAAGCAAUCCUUUUAUUUAUUCAAUGAAUAGUAGCUUUCGAAACCAUCUGAGAAAAUUGUCAAGAAACUUUUUUAAUAAAAAAAAUUAUUAAAUAUAAAAUUCAAGCAAUAAAUUUGCUUAACAGAUGGUGUUGAUGGUGGUGGUGUUUGUUUGGAGAUGGGUGCAAUUUUUUUGGAAGUAAAAACAUGGAAAAACAACAUCAAAAAACAUAUAUCUUUACACACUGUAAUAUUAUUGUAUGCAGUAUUAAUACUUU